AUGACUGUGUGUAAAGAUAUAAAACAUAGAGAGAAAGAGGAGGAGUUACAUUUUUCAGAUUUGGAAAACGAAGGGAAAGUAGUAGUCCCCUUACUUAAAGCUUUGUGUGAAGCAAUUGAGGACAAAGUCUCCAAUGGAAGAUCGUUUAUCGAAAAGAUGAGAACUGCGAGGCAAAGAAAGAAAGGUGAAGCUCUAGUUACAAACCGAGCUACUUAUCCUGUGGAUGAUGUUGUUGAGCCUGAGGAUGAGGACUACAUUGAUGCCGCGGAAGACUUUCCUCCACAGCACUCUCGUAUCGUCGAAUCUAUUGAACCCAAGAAACUCGAAAAAGUGAAAGACAUCUUGAACCCUACAAAAGACUGGACACCCGAGUUGGCAGAAGAGAUGCUCCGCACUUGUACCAGGAGGAAGCGAGCCUACAAAGCUGCUUUCAUCGGCUUGUCAGCGAUCACCCUCUUCAUUUUCCAUUCACUUCCGGCAUUUGAUUUUUUGUUCCUGUUUAUUUACUGCAACUUUUUGAUCAUGGUUAUAACCCUCUGA